UAUCCUCCCUUAGCCAAUUUUGCCUUGUAUCAUCAGUAGAUGGGUCUUUAAUAAGGUGAUCAUCCUUAUCAAUGCUACGCAAAUAAACUCUAAUAGUCUUACUCUACUCCAGGUAAUUCGAACCAUUAAGUUUGUGUUCCGUGAUCUUAGUCAUCACCGGAAUCACAUCAGAAAUAACAUUCUUAUUGUCUACCAUUUGUUGAGACAAAGAAGACUAACCGAAACACUAAUUCAAAAUGCUUACAGCCGCAAAAUAACCCAAAAUCACAAAUCAAGCAAAUACCGAAAUAGGAUCUGAGAGUCAAACCUCAGAAGUCCUUUAGUGGUGUACUGGAUCAGGCAACCGCACACAGUGGUGGAAUGAGGGGGUUGAGGCGACGCCGGCAAUGCUGAUAGGAGUCGAAAUGGCCGGCGGACGUGCCUUCACGCGCCGGCGAGUGAAGAAACUGCAAGAACCUGAGUUGGGCGCGUGAGCCUCACGCGCUUGGAUUCUGGCAACCGGAUCAGAGGGGACGGCCGGCCGGUCGGCGGCCAAGGUCUCUCCUGAGCCGGGUGGUGAGAACAAAUAGUCACCCCAGAUAGAUGACCUAGGGUAACAGUGGGUUUCAGUCCAGAAAUAGACGGGAAAGAAAUUUCAGAUUUAGAUUCCUUAAUGAACCUGCUCUGAUACCAUGUAGAAAGAGAUGAUUCUCCUUAAUUUCAAUUAAUCUGUACAUGGGUAUAUAUAUACAAUUGAUUCCUAUAAUUGUGUUCUACUAAUUAAGAAGAAAUUCUAAAUAAGAAAUCCUAAAUAGGAAUACAGAAUACAGAAUAUACAGAGAAAUAAUAUAGUGAUUGACUUUUCAUAACAAGUUCCAAAAUAGUUAUUCCUAAGUGUGCUGCUGCACAUUUCCUUAAAUGAUUCAAUGCGUUUGUGGACAUUUAAUCCCGUCCAUCUCCUAAUACUGUAGUUAAAAGUUUUGUUCUUUUUUUUAUUUUUUGGUUUAGGUCUGACAUCAUUAAUUUGCUUUGUUUUGGAGGUUGGGCUGCUUGAUGAGGAGAAAAUCCUCCCAUUAGGGAAGGAGGUCAAUGCUGUUGGCAUUUGCAAUUCUAGAAAUGGGGUUCUUGAGAUAAAAUCUUGCAAGAAUCUUCCCUAUUUUCUGUCAGAUAUGACUAAAGAUGAAAUGGUGGUGGAUCUUGCCUUCGAGACAAAAGUACUGCUGUGGAGUGGUAUUGUUCUAGGUUCAAUUUCAAUUGGUAUUCUCGGGUAUGCAGUUGUGAGGAACUGGAAUAGGUGGAAAGAGUGGAGGCAACAGAGACAGUCUCAGCAGCAAAACCGUGCUGAUAUCAAUGGCAAUAUCCCUCAGAUUGAUGCAGAUGAGGAGAUAGGAGACCUGCCUGAUGGACAGUUGUGUGUGAUUUGCUUGAUGAGGAGAAGACGUUCUGCGUUCAUUCCAUGUGGGCAUCUUGUUUGUUGCCAACUCUGUGCUAUAUCAGUUGAACGUGAGGUGUCACCGAAGUGUCCUCUCUGUCGACAGGCAAUUCGAAACUCUAUGAGGAUAUUUGAAUGCUGAGAAACCAAAGAGUUGCUGUUUUUUGUAAGUAUGGGCAUUGGACAGAUACUCUGACAAAGAAUAAAAGUAUAUUUAUUAUUUUGUUGUAUAUACACUUGGGAUUUAUACUGACUGAUAAUCACUGAAUGUGCAGCUUGGUGUUGCUUAAUAGAAUUUUCAUCCUUUGCUUUUAA